CCCAUCCCUGCGCUCGAAGACUUGCGUGCAUGGGGCAAGCUCCCUGCGUUGUGCGACAUCGGCGCAACCUCUCAAAGACAACAUCUUUUUGAACAGGAUGGCUACCAGCAUGGAAGUAAUGAUCUCUCGCGUUUUCCCCGCCGGAGCAGGAUGGCAGUUGGCAUCCAUCAUGGCGAGCAAUGCUGGAGUGGCAACAAACUCGCUCCUUUUCUGCAGCCUCCUGGGCUUUGGCAACUUCUUUGGAGUGAUCGUAGGACACAUGCUGUCGUGAGAGGAGACGUCGAUCUUUCCCGGGAGUUUCAGGUCGCGUCCUUGCUCGGUGGAGCCGCGUUCUUCUCUGGCCUGUCAUGGCAGGUGGCGAUGAAUAUCUUCAAAGCUGUCGGGGUUGGGCUGUACCAGUCCUUCACUUCAGUCGGCAUUGUGUGCACCAUGGCCUUCUUUCUGGGAAUGCGCCUCAUGCGACAGAACCUGAGCCCCAUCAUGUCGGCUGUGGACAAGAACUCGUUCGUGAACGUCCGGUCGGACAUCGGCCUUUCCAUUGCUAUCGGAGGAGCUACGGCUGGUCUUGUCUUCACUGACGCCUUCUUGGGCGCAUCUCCUUUCCUCGCCUUCCUCGAAAUGAAGACGGCUGUAUCUCCCCUCGUCUCUGUGCUCUUCGGCGGUCUUGCUUCCUCCUUGGGUUUCCUCGCCACCACGGCAGUCCAGGCUCUGAACAAGAAGAAGUGCUGGUUGGACAGCAACUUCAAACCCUGAGCAAAUCGACGUUUCCCGUGAGGAUGUGACAUUUCUCUGUCAGUGUACAAUAUUCUUGACCGUCUUAUCUUUUUGUGUGAGUUUUGAAAUUAGUUCAAGUUUCGCUUCUACAUAAACUUCACUUCAGAUAA